CAACUCCCAUUAUGGCAUGUCGGUUUGUUUCAAUUUCGUGCUAAACUUUAGUCCAGCGUGAAUUGUGGCGUCUUGUGUCGAAUUUCGUGCAAUUUCCCGUGCAUCGGUGUGUCCGUGCGUAGUGUUUUUGGUGUGUUUUAACUGUGUGCAAUUGCAAGGAGCCGAUAUCCAGCGUCGGAAGAUUUUAUUCCACCUCUUUGAGGAAUUUGAAGCGACAGAGUUCUGAAGCCAAGUGUUUUUUUGUGUGUGUAGAAGUGCGUAAAUCAAUAGGUGAUUAUUAACAAAAUUGUCAAAGUGAUCAGAAGAGUGUUAUCGAAAAGUUUGUUGUGACUACACAGUGUUGGUGGCGAGAGCUUGAAUCGAUUGCCGAGGCAUCCAAAGAAGGUGGGCGCCGUGCUGUUAGGGAGAACACAUUGGAGAAAGGCUCCGGCACAAGGUGCAUUGUGGACACAGUAAAGAGAGUGUUGAGCAGAAAACUCCCUUUCGACGACAAGCAAACAUCUUCAACGUGUGGCCUUUAUUUUCCGAAAUAAAAGCUUCAUCGAAAAAAUAAAAGAUGGGACUGGCACAGAGUAAGCGUUCGGUAAACAUAACCACAGACCCGGCCAAGGAAGGUGUGGUCGCGGAAGGAACUGGCAAGCUGGAAAAAAUUGGCGAAGUCGAUCAGCUGAAAGCACAGGCUAAUGGCGAUACUCAACACAACGAUGGAGAAAAUGAAACGAAAGUGGAAACCGACGCGGCCGAAAAUGAAAAGGACUCCACCACAGAAAAGUCCAACAAAGAGGGUGGCGACGGUGGCGGCGGUGGUGACACCAGUGUGGCCGCCGCAUCCCCAACCUCGGACGGCGAAUCGGACGGCAAUAAUAAAACGCUCGAAAAUGGUAGCAACGAUGAAUCACUAAACGAUAGCAAAGCGCCAGCAGCAGAUGAGGCCAACAAGAAGGCAAAGAAGCCGAAGAAGAAGUGGUCCUUCCGCAGCCUGUCGUUCAGCAAAAAGGACAAGCAGAAGCCGGCCAAAAAGGAGAAGGACGAGGAGCGGGUGAAUGGUGAAUGCGAGAAAGUUCCCGAGGAGCCCACUGAGGACACUGUCGCCGCUACUGCUGCCGUAGCUCAAGAAGCCGCUUCCGCCACGGUUGAAGCCGGCACGAGUGAAACGAAAGUGGAACCCGCUGUAGCCGCUGCCCCCGAAGUUUCGACUACCACCGCCGCUGUAGCUGCACCUGCUGUUGAAGCUGUUGCCGCUGCUGCUCCGACUCCGGCUGCUGAUGUAACUACCACCACCGCGCCCGCCGUUGAUACCACCAAAGUAGAGGAACCGGCGAUUGAGGCGGUGGCUGUGGCAGCUCAGGAAACUGUUGCUGCUCCUGUUCCGGCACCGGUGGAAGAAGCUCCGGUGGAGCCGAAAGAGGCGGCUGCACCCGCCGUGGUAGAAGAACCGACCGUCCCGAAGGCACAGGAAGAGAAACCGGAACCGGAAACCACUACCGCUGCCCCGGUUGAGGAGAAGGUAGUUGAACCGGCUGUCGUUGAGGUAAACAAUUCUACUCCUAGUACUACUACUACCACUACCAGUAGUUCUGCUGUUGAGGUAGACAUCAAACCCGAAACGUCAGUAGAGAACGAAGUUGCUGCUACGACUACUUCUACCACUCCCUCCAAUACUACCAAUCUCGAAAAUAGUACCACUACUACUACUACCACUACUACUACCCCCAUCACCACCACCACCACCAACUUGACCGAUAAUGUUGUUAGCGAGUCGGAAAAGAUUGUAGAUGGUGGUGAAGGUACGCCUCCACCUCCGCUACCCUCCAUUCCUCCACCCUCUCAGGUGAUGGUGUUCGUUGAGGCUUCGCUGUCGCAAGUUGCAAAUGAGCCGGAGGAGAGUGUUCCAUCGGUCGGUACGGUUCCGUCCGAGGGAUUGCCAUCGGUCGAGGCACCCGUCGUUGCCCCUGUUGAGGAAGGUUCGGUUGAAGUAGUUGCCCAGUCUGUUGAGGGUCAGGGUGCAACCGUUGAGGGGGAUGUCAGUCCACUCGAAGCGCCAGCUUCCACCACCGUUGAUGAAGCUAAGAAGGCGGAACCUGCUGUUGUCGCGGUACUGCCAUCGGAAACGGUUUCCGACGAGCAACCGGCACCCGUUGUUGUUGAAGAAUCAAUUGUUGCGGCAAAGGUUGCAGAGGUAGCAGCAGCACCAGCAGCACCAGUAGAAACUGCAAACGAAUCGGAACAACCAGUGGUAACGGAAGAAAUCAAGGAGACGGCUUCAAAGGCUGUGGGUGAAAUUCUCGAACAGGCUGUUGAUAAGAUUGAGAGUGGCGAGAUCCCAACGGCUGCUAGUGGUGCUGCACCGGCGGUAGAGCAGGAAGAAGUGGUACAGACCGCCGUUCCGGAACUCGCCGCUGCUGCCCCGCCGUCGUUGCCCGAGGUCGAUGAAAUCAGUAACAACAUUGAUGAUCUGCCACCGCCUCCACCUCCGCCGGCCGUUGAUGAUGAGGAGACCGUUCCCGAUUCUCUGCCAUCGCCGCUGCCAACGAUUGCUGCCGCUGCCCCGGCCGCGGAGCACGGUACGGAUGAGCUGAAGCAACAGGACACCAGCGUGCUCUCGGUGGACAUCUCCUCUCCGCUGCCACAAAACAGUCUCGAAUCGCUUCCGUCGCCACCGACCCUGUCCCAGAGUGAUGUCAGCUUGCCACCACCACCACCAGAGUCGCCCGCGGAGGUAGCCGCCGCUGUUUCCGAGCAGCAGGAGGCGACGCCUCUACCACCUGCACCAUCAUCCACGGGUGACGAUCCUAUCAGCUCUUCCAUCCCAUCCUCCCUUCCAGAAGCAGAAGUAGAAGUAGCUAAGCAACAGAUUGAUUCGCCCACGGCGGUGGACUCCGGGGCGGUGGCGGCGGUGGAAGAAGCGUCGGUGGCAAAGGUCGAGGAAACUGAGAAGCCUGUCACCAGCACCACGGCCGAGGAUGCUAGUAGUAGCGAAGAGAGGAAGGUGGCAGCCGCCGAUACUGAACAGCAGCUGGCGGCAGCAUCGCCCACCAAGGCAGCAGCGCCAGAGACAGAAACAACCGGCGAGACCGAAGCGUCCCCGGUGGCCGCCGUACCGGCAGAAGUAGAGGAAACGGUCGCGCAAAAGCAGAAUGGAACCUCGGACCACGGAACCAGCAAUGGAACGACUGAGAACGGCAAAACUGAAAACGGCACGACCGAAAAUGGCACAGUCGAAAACGGUCAGAACGGUGUCCACGAUACAUCUGCCACCGAAAGUCUGAAUGGCGAGGCUGAGCACAAAAAGGAGGAGAAAAUUCCAGAAAAGGCAGCUCAGCUUCAGCAACCUCCACCACCACCGGCGGCAGCUCCAGAGGUAACGGCAGAGUAAAAGCAAGUUGGCUGAACAAAACAAACAGCUGCUAUUGAUUAUUAAUUAAUUAUAAUUCUUAUUAUUAAUAAUAAUAAUUAUACAAAAAAAAACACACACACACACACACACACGAACAGCAUCAUACACACUCUUAUGGAAAUAAAUAAAUGGGGUAAAAAAUAUAAGUUACACGACACCCGAAAGAGAGAGAGAGAUUGAAAACGAGAACUAUAUGAAAACGUGGUAAAGUGUGGUAAAGAAAGACCGUGAAAUUUGGAACGUUUUAUGAUUCGAAAAACAAAAAAAAAGGGAAAACAGCAACGAAAUGUGAACCUCUGGCAGCGGGAGUGAGAGAGAGAGAGAGAAGGCACAGGAUAAUUGUAUUGUUCAUAAGAAGAAGAAAACGAAAAGAAAAAUCAAACAUACACACUACGAAACUGGCGCUUUCUCGCACACAAACACACGCAACCACCAAGAUUUGAUUACAUUAAAAUUUAGUUUUAAAGUGAUGAACGAUUUUUAAAAAUACACUUUUUUUGAUAACGAUGUUAAUAACGGUCCCCAGCAGCAGCCCCAGCAGCAGCUAUCGGCUCAACAACAGGCCAGCGGGGAAUGUAACGAAGAUAUAAAGUUAUGUUUGUUAUUAGUGGCGAUGAAGAUUGGAACAGUGAAAUCUCUCGGAAUCUUUCGCGUGUGUCCGUCUAUCUACGAAUAUCCUUAAACUUAUAGGUUGUUUAGGAAGCAAGCAGGAAACACAAACAAAAAAACGAGAAACAUUUUGAAAUAAACGAACACAUUCUUAUACUGUAGAACUCGCGUGUCCUCUUCAAAUGCCAGUAUGUAAAUGUUGGUCUGAAACUGAACAGAAAGGCGGAACACGCUCGGAACCCAGGAGCAAAUGAAAUCCUUAUUCUUUUGCGUCUUUUCCACUUAUUGUUUGUCAUUUUCUUCAAUUGGUUUGGUGUUUAGUUGUGACGUCUACGCUACGGUAUGCCUACGUAAAAAAAACGGCCGAGUGGUAUCCUAUCCCUUUUGCUACGAUUUUUUUUCUCCUUUUAAUUACUAUAAAUCACAAAAGAACCAAUAAACAUUUUCAAACAAACUUGACUUGCGAUUUUGCAGACAACCGAUUACGGCGGGAUGUGGCAAGUUAUGCUGCACUUUUUUUGCUUUUAGUUUGCUUUUAAGCGGUGUAUGAUUUGUUUUUCAUUUGAAAAUAGAGCACAUAAUCUGCAGAUUGUUCCAUUGCUCUACUGUGUCAAAAGAGUUCCUUUGGCCGAUGAUGCGGGUGGAAUUAAAUGCAAGGUCCGCUAGGUGAAUUGUAUCGCAUGGAGCGGAAGGUUUUUAAUGAGACCCAACAUGAAAAGCAUGAAAAUCGAAUUAAAGAAGGGAAAAAGAAAAAGAAAAUUCAAAUUCAAAGAUCGAACAACAUCACACACACUUUGAGAGUUUGUGUGUGUGUGUAUGUGCGUGUGUGUGUAAAACAAAUGUCUGUGACGUCCAGCUAGAGCGGGGGGCGACGGUUGCUGCGCAAAGUAAAAUUGCUGAUUUAUGAAUCGUAGUAGCCCGUAGAAGACGUAUGUAGAACAUGGGUCACAUUAGUAAGAAACUAGCUCCAAUGCUACUGAGAUUGGUCGUUAGGCGAUACGAUGUUUUUAAAACGAAUAAAAAAAACACAAAACAAGACAAAAACAUAGGGGAGGCGGGGGGAAGAGGAUUCUACUGUGCGAGAAUUGAACGACUAAAAUUAUUUGUAUUUUUAUUUUAUAGUUUUAAAACAAACUAGUAGGAUAAAAAGAGGAAGAAGACGAAGCUUAGAAAGGGAAUUGUGUGAAGGAAUAAGGAGCAACCUAUAGAAGCAUUGCGCAAAAUAAGUUUGAACAGGAUAGAAGGCCCCGAGCCAUGCAGGUGUGUGUUGGUUGGAAAAGGAACAAUUUUCGAACAAUUUUACUACACUUGCAAACAGUCUCUACUAAGGGAAUUGGGCGCGGGUUGGGUUGGCCCACUAUUUCAUGCGCCAUUUUUGCGCUAGCGCCAUCAUCCAGGACACGUGGUCAGUUGCGCAAAAUAAGUAAUAGAGAGAUAUGGAGCGUUGUGUUCCGUCUAGCGCGUGCAACACACAGGACCCGGAACACAAAACUACCUAGAGUGAAAGCAACAUUCGCGAACCGAUAACCAAGUACACCGACUAUUUGCAAAAAAAGACUGCCUCAACGAAAUACUGAUCACAAAUCUCGAACCAAAAUGACCAUCAACGUUUUUUUGGGGUGGGGAGCGAGGGAACGGACUUGUCGUCUUUUUUGAAGUCCCAUCAAUCACUCAUCAAUCAAACGCGCACUAGGUUGUACUCGGGUGGCGCGUGGCGCCCACUCAUGUCCAACGAAGGUCUAGAGAUUUUUGGGAAUAGGAAUAUUUUGUAUCCCGCCCGCGGGGGUAGGGUUGAUGCCAGCUGGCCACCUGUUGUUCCAGCAGGCUACCUCCCAACGGGAGAGCACCUACACUCCUCGCGGUGGGUUUGGUGGGAUAAUUUUGAUACAAAACAAGCGUCAGCCGUAUACACUUACAGCGUGGAGAUGGUAUUGCAUGCUCCUCCGCAUUCUUAUUACAAAACCUUUAAAAAAAUGGCAGAAAUAGCGUAUAGUGUGAACACCGACAACGACUUCCGGUUAUUUGCCAACGGAGUAGCGAAAAAUAGUAGUCAAAGCGUGGAACCGCCGUUUUGCUAUGGAUUUCAAAUCUUAACACGAAUAUAUAUAUACACAAAAUACGUACAGUCAAUUUAGAACGAAUCGCGAACGAAACGUCGAUAAUACCACCAGGUCACAAUAGUAGAAAGCGAUGAUGAUGAUGAUGAUGAUGGGGGAGGCGACACAAAAUCAACGAUAUUUUUGAACCAGCUUUUAACUUUUUCUCUUCGCUUAUUAUCUUCCUUUAUUCACUACACUAGUAAAGCGUGACGCUAGAAAUGGUUAUAGAGCGAUACACAUUCCUUUCGCGUGUUGAAAUGAAUAGAGAAAAAGAAAGGAGCCACCUUCAGAUUUUACCUUCUAACGAACGUGCACACACAUCACAGCGGAAGCGGAGCGUUAUUUCUUUUUUGGCGUCGAAAAAGAAUUUAAUUUUCUCGCCAGAGCAGCGAUUAGGAGGAUAAGCAGUUGUGUGAAGCGCAGAACAAAAUUA